AUGGGGUUUGAUACUAUGCAAGUGAAGCUUAACAAACUAUUUGGAAUUGAGGCUUCAAGAAUGCAAUUGUAUAGAGCCAAAAAGAGGUGCAAGGAGGAGUUGGAAGGUGAUCAUAGGAGCCAGAUCUUCAUAUCAUUUGAGGCAAUGAAAAAAUGGUGUAUUGAUGGAUGUAAGCCCAUCAUAUGGGUGGAUGGUUGUCACUUGAAGGGUCCUUAUGGUGGAGUGUUAAUUUCAGCAGUUGCCUUGGAUGGAGAUAGUUUGUUUCCAUUGGCAUUGGCAGUAGUGGAGGGUGAAUGUAAGGAUAGUUGGACUUUCUUUUUGGAGAACUUGAGAACAAUCAUAGAAGAUGCACUGCCUUCUAGGCCAUGGACCAUCAUGUCUAAUCAACAAAAGGGCCUUGACAAGAUUGUAAGUGACAUUAUACCAGAAGUUACUCAUAGAAGAUGUUGCAUGCACUUAUUCAACAAUUUCAGGGCCAAAUUUCCUAGAUUGAUAUUAAGGAAGCAAUUCUGGAAGGCUAUAAGGGCAUACAAUGAGAAAGAGUAUGAUCAAGCUAUGCAAUCCAUUAAGGAAAUUUCAAAUGAUGUUUUCACAUGGUUGCAAAAAGUUCCAGUUGAAGGAAGGUCUAGGCAUGCAUUUGAUGAUAGGAUAAGGUGUGAUCACAUCACAAAUAACAUGAUAGAGUCCUUCAAUAAUUGGUUAGGAAAUAUGAGAUGCCAGCCAAUUCUAACCAUGUUGGAGAACAUAAGGUGCAAGUUGAAGGGUAAGUUUCAGAUGAGAUAUUAG